CCCCAGAGCUGCAAACUCCCAGAGCUGCAAACCCCCAGAGCUGCAAACCCCCAGAGCUGCAAACUCCCAGAGCUGCAAACUCCCAGAGCUGCAAACCCCCAGAGCUGCAAACCCCCAGAGCUGCAAACUCCCAGAGCUGCAAACCCCCAGAGCUGCAAACCCCCAGAGCUGCAAACUCCCAGAGCUGCAAACCCCCAGAGCUGCAAACUCCCAGAGCUGCAAACUCCCAGAGCUGCAAACCCCCAGAGCUGCAAACCC